AUGGCUAAAAGAAGUAAAAAGAAUAAUGUUACGUUGAAGGGAAUUAAUAACCCAAUACCGGCGGCAAUCGUUGGUGAGGUCACAAGCCACGUGUCGUCGAGAUCAAACGAUUGUGAUCCGGCUGUUCUAGGUGUGGAUGCCUUGGCACCUGCAGCGGCAAAUGAGCAUGUCAAGACUGGUGAAAAUCAGUCUCUGGCUGACAGGACUGUAGUUCUGGGAGGGGAUGACCUACACGGGACUCUAAGCGCUAUGCGCGAUAGCCUAGAGGAGCAAAGUAAGGAACUCUUCGAUCAAAGCGAUGUUAUUAUGGCCAACAACUAUAACGCAACGAACGGAAGCGGAAACGCCAAUUCAACACAUGAACGACGCCAGCAACAACCGAUUUUCUUGUGGUGGGGUCAACGAUUAUGGCAGGAGUUACGUGGCCGCAUACAUAUGCGUACCCCACCCGCCACAACACCCGAUGAUGAUAUGAAAACCCCCUCAGAUGGUGGCGGAGGUGGUGGUGCAGGUGGCACCGGCUUGGGUACGCCCCUCGAUGAUUCCGAGAAACGUAUUAUCUUCAUUAAUCGCCCACAGAUCCAGAAGUUCUGUAACAAUCAUAUAUCCACAGCAAAAUAUAGUUUUAUAAGUUUUCUGCCAUCGUUCCUGUUCGAACAGUUUCGAAGGUAUUCGAAUUGUUUUUUCCUGCUGAUUGCCUUGCUGCAACAGAUUCCCGAUGUGUCGCCAACGGGACGAUAUACCACAUUAGUGCCAUUGAUAUUUAUUUUGGCUGUGAGUGGUAUUAAGGAAAUUGUGGAGGACAUUAAGCGGCAUCGGGCCGAUAAUGAAAUCAAUCAUCGCACGGUGGAGAGGCUAAAAGAUGGCGCCUGGAUGACUGUGCGUUGGGAACAAUUGGCCGUGGGCGAUGUUGUGAAAAUUCCCAAUAAUACCUUUUUCCCAGCCGAUUUGAUAUUGCUGUCCUCGUCGGAGCCUCAGGCCAUGUGUUUUAUUGAGACCUCCAAUUUGGAUGGGGAAACAAAUUUGAAAAUACGCCAAGGAGUGCCAGCCACGGCAAGGUUGCUGGAGACCCGAGAUCUGGUCGAACUGGCUGGGGUAAUGGAAUGUGAGUUGCCGAAUCGUUUGCUAUACGAAUUCAAUGGGGUCUUGAAGGAACAUGAUAAACCGGCCGUGUCUCUAGGUCCGGAUCAGAUUUUACAACGUGGUGCAGUGCUGCGUAAUACCUCAUGGAUAUUUGGUAUGGUGGUCUACACGGGGCAUGAUACGAAAUUGAUGAAAAAUUCCACUUCGGCCCCGCUGAAAAGAUCCACCGUGGACCGAUUGACGAAUACCCAAAUUUUAAUGCUCUUUAUGAUCCUGCUGGUCUUGUGCCUGACCAGUGGCGUAUUCAAUUUCAUCUGGACCCGACAAUACUUCACAGCCGAUUGGUAUCUGGGCCUCGAUGAUUUCAAGAGUAAAAACUUUGGCUACAAUCUCCUCACCUUCUUCAUUCUCUUCAACAAUUUAAUACCCAUCUCGCUGCAAGUUACCCUGGAACUGGUGAGAUUUUUACAGGCUCAAUUUAUUAAUUGCGAUAUACAAAUGUAUCACGUGGAAUCGAAUACUCCAGCCAUGGCACGAACUUCGAAUUUAAAUGAAGAAUUGGGUAUGGUGAAAUAUAUAUUUUCGGAUAAAACAGGCACCCUGACCCGCAAUGAAAUGGUUUUUAAAAAAUGUUCCAUUGUUAGUGAAAUUUAUCCGACGGAGAACACCCCGGAGCAGAGUUUGGUGGUACAAAAUCUCCUUAGUAAACAUCAGGAUGCUGGGAUCAUUAGAGAAUUUUUGGUUUUACUUUCCGUGUGCCACACAGUGAUACCCGAAAAGAAUCCCGAUGGUUCAAUAACCUAUCAUGCCGCCAGUCCGGAUGAGCGGGCCCUGGUGGAUGGUGCCAAACAGUAUGGUUUUGUUUUUGAUACCCGCACGCCGCACUAUGUGGAAAUUAAUGCCCUGGGCCUGAGAGAGCGUUAUGAGAUUUUAAAUGUGCUGGAAUUUACCUCCACACGCAAGAGGAUGUCGGUGAUAUGUCGAACCCCAGAGGGGGAAAUAAAACUUUAUUGCAAGGGAGCCGAUUCGGUGAUCUAUGAACGUCUGGCCCAUGAGGGGAAAUCAUUUAGUGAUGUGACCUUGCAACACCUGGAAGAAUUUGCGGCAGAGGGUCUGCGAACCCUUUGCUGUGCUGUGGCCUCGAUACCCCAAGAUGUCUACGAUGAUUGGCAGGCCACCUAUCACAAAGCCUCCACCACCCUCAACGAUCGUGAACGUAAAAUGGAAGAAGCGGCGAAUUUAAUAGAAAACAACCUGCAUCUAUUGGGCGCCACUGCCAUUGAGGAUAAGCUACAAGAUGGGGUACCUGAAACAAUAGCCUCCCUCAUUGAGGCGGGGAUAAACAUCUGGGUCUUGACAGGGGAUAAACAAGAAACCGCCAUUAACAUUGGCCAUUCCUGUCGUCUCAUCUCCCCCUCCAUGGAUAUUGUCAUCCUGAACGAGGAAAGCCUCGAUGCCACCCGCGAAGUCAUACAUCGUCAUUCCAGUGAGCUACAGACUUCGAUAAAUAAAAACUGCAAUGUGGCCUUGAUCAUCGAUGGCAAGACGCUGAAAUAUGCCCUAAGCUGUGAUCUGCGAAGAGAAUUUCAGGAGUUGUGUACCAGCUGCCGCGUCGUGGUAUGCUGCCGCGUUUCACCCAUCCAAAAAGCCGAGGUGGUAGAACUCAUUACCACCACCACCAAGGCUGUGACCCUGGCCAUUGGUGACGGCGCCAACGAUGUGGCCAUGAUCCAAAAGGCCAAUGUCGGUGUUGGCAUCUCCGGGGUAGAGGGUCUACAGGCGGCCUGUGCCUCAGAUUAUUCAAUAGCCCAAUUCCGCUACUUAAAGCGUCUCCUGCUGGUACAUGGUGCAUGGAAUUAUAGGCGUAUAACCAAACUCAUCCUCUAUUCCUUCUAUAAAAAUGUCUGCCUCUAUGUCAUAGAGCUGUGGUUUGCCAUCUAUUCAGGGUGGUCGGGUCAAAUCUUGUUCGAAAGGUGGACAAUUGGUCUGUAUAAUGUGGUGUUCACCGCCCUGCCACCCUUUGCCAUUGGCAUUUUUGAAAAGGUCUGCUCUGCGGAGACCAUGCUGAAAUAUCCCCUGCUCUAUAAACCCUCACAAAAUGCCAAACUCUUCAAUGUCCAGGUAUUUUGGGUGUGGAUCAUCAAUGCCCUGCUGCAUUCGAUAAUACUCUUUUGGUUGCCCCUGGGGGCUUUGGGCAGUGAAACCAUUUGGGCCAAUGGCAAAACCUCCGAUUAUCUUCUCUUGGGUAAUCAUGUCUACACCUAUGUUGUGGUCACCGUCUGUUUGAAAGCUGGUCUUUCAACAAAUUCCUGGACCUGGCUGACGCAUGCCUCCAUUUGGGGCUCCAUUGGCCUUUGGUUCCUUUUCAUUUGUAUUUAUUCGAAUUUUUGGCCUCUCCUACCCGUCGCGGCCAAUUUCCUUGGCAUGGAGCGGCAAAUCUUCACAACGCCCAUUUUCUGGUUUGGUUUACUCCUUGUACCCAUAACCACCCUACUAGUCGAUGUACUCUUCAAACUUGUACAAAAUACCGUAUUCAAAUCGUUGACCGAAGCUGUACGAGAAUCGGAAAUACGUAAACAUGAUCCCGAUGAUGUUAUGAAUGAAUCGAGAUCAUCGUUUACGGAAACGGCCAGGCUAUUGCGUAGUGUAUUUAUAAGGCGAGCGAAUACCCGCGUCGAUACGGAUGUGGAGCUGUCACAUGGUUAUGCAUUUUCACAGGAGGAAGGUGGUGCGGUCUCACAAUCGGUUAUAAUCCGUUCGUAUGAUACGAAUCUGCAAAAACCCAGUGGCAACUAGAAUCGUAAGCAGUAUUGGGCAAGACAAAGAUUUUAAUAUAAUA